AGAUAUGUCAAAAAUCCCAAAGAAUGCUCAAAUUAGUCAAAGAUGGUGAACCUGAAUCAACAGAGACAUUUCUUUACUUAUAUCAGUCUCUUGGUGAGACUUACAACGAUUUGAACCAAGAGCUUCUCAACUCCUUCCUCAACUUUGAUAUUAAACCAUCAUCUUCAGACCACAACAGUGUCUCAAUUGCGGAUUUGACCUCCUUUAGAUCUAAUAGCUCUCCUUCUCUGGAGUUUGAUUUGGAGUCAGGAGCCUCUUACUCAUCUCUUAAGCUCUCACCAGUGAGAAAAACGAGUAUUAGUGAAAAUAAGAACGAGUCUGUAUAUUUGCUUGCUGAUAUCUUUAGAGCCGAGCUUGAUACUGCACUGAGAGAUCUAGAAGAGAGAAACAGAGUAGUGGGUGAGUUAGAGAGGAAACUCUCAGAUUCAAGUGAUAAAAUCAAGACUCUAGAGCGUGAGCUCGAUGAGUGCCAUGAGCUUCUAGAGGUAUCAGAAGUCGAAGUUUCGAAGCUGGAUGAAAUGUUGAGUGAAUACAAGACCGAAAAACCCGAAAAUGGUGCUGACUUGUUGUUGGAUAGUUUGAGAGCAGAGCUGAGGUCAAGAGAUGUUCAGAUCGAGGAAAUGGAGGAGUAUUUGAACCAGGUGAGUGUCAAAGACACUGAGAUUGUGUGUGAUGAGUCAGGAGAGGAAUUGAAAAGUAGAGUUGAAGAGCUGGAGAAUCAAGUGGAGAAGCAGAGAGAUGUGAUAUCAGAAAGAGAGGAAGAGAAAAGAGAAGCUAUAAGAGAGCUCUGCUUCUCUCUUGAUCAUUACAAGAGCAGAUACAUUGAACUUGUAAGAUCACUUUCAGGCAAUAAUAACUAA